UCAGGGCUCCGCCGCCAUCUCCACCAUGCAGGCCCGGGAACACGCUGUGCCUUCUUGCCGCCAUGCUGGCCCCCAGAGUGCGAGUCAGCCCAAGAAGCUGAACGAGGGCACUGUGUCAUCCUUUUUUACUGGUCCUGAGGAUUUAGAGGACUCGGGCCACUCCGCCGCCCUGCUGGCACAGCUCAAGUCCUUCUAUGACGCGCGGCUGCUGUGUGAUGUGACCAUCGAGGUGGUGACACCUGGCAGCGGGCCUGGCACGGGGCGCCUGUUCCCCUGCAACCGCAACGUGUUGGCCGCCGCGUGUCCCUACUUCAAGAGCAUGUUCACGGGCGGCAUGUACGAGAGCCAGCAGGCCAGCGUGACCAUGCACGACGUGGACGCCGAGUCCUUCGAGGUGUUGGUGGAUUACUGCUACACGGGGCGCGUGUCCCUGAGCGAGGCCAACGUGCAGCGCCUGUACGCCGCCUCGGACAUGCUGCAGCUCGAGUAUGUGCGGGAAGCCUGUGCCUCCUUCCUGGCCCGCCGUCUCGACCUGGCCAACUGCACGGCCAUCCUCAAGUUUGCUGAUGCCUUCGGGCACCGCAAGCUGAGAUCCCAGGCCCAGUCUUUUAUAGCUCACAACUUCAAGCAGCUCAGCCGCAUGGGCUCAGUUCGGGAGGAGUCUCUGGCAGAUCUGACCCUGGCCCAGCUGCUGGCCAUCCUGCGCCUCGACAGCCUGGACAUUGAGAGCGAGCUGACAGUGUGUCACGUGGCCCUGCAGUGGCUGGAAGCCGCCCCCAAAGAGCGGGGCCCCAGUGCGGCAGAAGUCUUCAAGUGUGUGCGCUGGGCACUCUUCACUGAAGGUGACCAGGACUACCUGGAAGGGCUGCUGGCCAAGCCCAUCGUGAGGAAGUACUGCCUGGACAUUAUCGAGGGGGCCCUGCAGAUGCGCUAUGGUGACACGCUGUGCAAGUCCCUGGUGACAGCGCCAAACAGCAGCAGCAGUGCCAGCAGCUCUGUCGUGUCUGCAGCAGAAAAUCCACCCCAGAGGCUGGGAAUGUGUGCCAAGGACAUGGUGAUCUUCUUUGGCCGUCCCAAAGAUCCAUUUAUCUGCUGUGACCCAUACUCAGGGGACGUUUACAAGCUGCCCUCCCCCUUGACGGGCCUCACCCUCACUGGAGUUGUCAUCACUUUCGCCGUCUGUGUCUCUCCAGAUCAUGACAUCUACCUAGCUGCCCAGCCCAUUAAAGAACUCUGGGUGUACAAACCAGCCCAGAAUAGCUGGCAGCAACUUCCAGACUCCUUGUUGUGUCGUGAGGGCAUGAAAAUAGCUUAUCUGGAUGGUUAUGUUUACAUUUUGGGUGGGCGAGACCCUGUUACUGGAGUGAAAUGGAAGAAGGUGGAAUGCUAUAGCAUACAGAAGAACCAGUGGGUAUUAGUGGCUUCCCUACCUCAUUCUUUUAUGUCCUUUGACCUAAUCAUAUCUCAAAACCGUCUGUAUGCCCUCAAUAGUAAGUACAUGUAUAGUUAUGAUCCCAGCCACAAUACCUGGCUGAAGUGUCUUUCGCCCAGGCACUGUCACUUACGGGAAGCCAGCGUCUUUAAUGAUGAGAUCUAUUGUAUCUGUGACCUACCAGGCAUGAAGGUCUACAACCCGGUCCAGGCCCAGUGGAGGCAGAUUAGUGGUAUUCCCUUGGUGACAGAGAACAACAACUACAGGAUUAUCAGCCAUGGUCAAAAAUUGUUGCUUAUCACCUCAUUCACCCCAAAAUGGAAAACCAACCGAGUCACCAUGUAUGAAUAUGAUAGUACAGAAGAUCUGUGGGUAAACAUACGCAGUCCAUUAGGCCUCUUGCAGUUUGACUCGUACUUUUUGUGUCUCUCAGCUCGUGUUUAUCCUUCCUGUCUUGAACCUGGGCAGAGUUUCCUCAGUGAAGAUGAUAUACCAAGUGAUUGUAGUACUGAGUGGAAUGUAGGUGGGUUCAGUGAGCUGGGCUCUGAACCGGGAAGUUCUAGUUCCAUGUCUGAUGAUUAUGAUUGGUUUCCAGUAACGCUUCGAUGCAAUUUGGAACAUGACUAG